CGGAAGUAGGAAAAUUUAUAACUAAUAAUUUUUUUUUUUAAAUAUGAUUUAAUUAUUCCAAUCUAAUCUUGAAAAUAUAAAAAUCAUUCCUAUUUGUGCUGUUUAUUAAACAAAACCACUUUAGGUUUCAGACAUUCGUGUUAACAAAUUGUGUUGGGCUCUAAGCGGCUUAUUGACAUGAUUGAGCAAGCGACAAGUUUUGUUUACAAAUGGCGUCCAAACUUUUAAAAUUUUGCAAAUAAUUUUUAUCUUGCUAGCAAGUUUUAAUCUUUUAGUGAUGUAUUAGUCCAUUAUAUUUACCAAAUGGCUUACAGCAGACCGAUACGGGUCUUUACUGAAUUGCAAAGCAAGACAAGCAACCCAGAAAAUAUUAGACUUUCUAAGUCCAUUUCAAAUGAAAAUUCAGAAAAUGCCAUACUUAAUCAUGCCGGUUAUCUUGAUAGACAAAUACAUGUAACUGGUAUUGGUGAGCUUAUUUUACCGCCCGAUCGGUUUUCUAUCAACAUAAGAUGCAAGUCAACAAAAGCUACUGCACAGGAAGCCAAAGAUAGCAUAAACAGACGAGUUGAUUAUAUCAUUCAAACUUUGCAAAAUAACUCUGUAAAGCAAGAUGAUUUUAGAAUAUUCCAGCACACGAGCCAUGUAGACUCAAUGGUUAAUGUGGAUUGUGAAAUUGAAGUUCACUUCACUGACAUCAAUAAAUGCCAGGUUGUAUCCAACUACCUUUCUGAAAAGCUUGGUCCAGCUGUUUCAGUCACCCUACCCCAUUGCUACCAUGCUCAUGGAAGUUUGGAUAAACUAAGAAAACAAGUUGGAAUGCUAGCCAUACAUAAUGCAAGGCAGAAGGCUCUUGAAAUGGCUAAAGUUUUACAUGUCACAGUUGGAUCAGCUCUUGAGGUACAAGAGCUAGGCACUACUGAAAGCCAGGGUACUCAGAGUUCCAAUACAGCCAGGAGUGAGACUUCACCAGAUAUUAACCCCAGCAUUCAGCAGAAGGUUUCUGAUGCCACCAUCAUCAUUGUCAGCAAGGUGUCUGUUUGUUUUCAACUGAAAGUUGAUCGAUCAAAAAAGAUCUAAUGUGCAAUUUGGAUAAAGAUUGCAAUUUCUAAUAAUUUUUUUGUAGCAAAGUAUUUUUAAAAAAAAACUGAACAAUCCAACUUUGCCACCUCAGCUCCAUGUCACUUCUCAGAUAACACAAAUUUUACACUAAUGGUAAACAUUUAUAAUUGUCAGCAAAAUAAAGAAAUGUUGUGAAGUUGGUC